AUGGCCGGUUUGACAGUUGGCACUCGUGUUGCGGCCGUGUUCACCCACGUGGAAUUCUCGGGCAACGGGUGCUGUGCUUAUGGUCAACUCUGUGACAGUGCAACUGUUGAUGAUCUUGCUGAAAAGGUAGAAAUAUCAGCUGCAGAAUCACCACCCGCUUCCUCCUUUAAUAAAGGAGAUAUUGUUUUGGCUUUGUACAAUGAAGAUCGGGUGUGGUAUCGAGCAAGGAUCGAGAGUCACAAUGGGGGUGUCGCAUCAGUGUUUUUUAUUGACUACGGAAAUAAAGAGAAAAUUAACAACUCUGACAUUAAAGUGGCUACAAGUGAAUUAAGAACUAUAGAAGGGUUAGCGACAAAAUGCGACCUGGUAGACAUACUUCCAAACGAUAAUACAUGGACAGAAGCUGAAAUAGAACAAUUAGAAUCUCUACUGGUUGGUUUUGAGUUCACUGUCGAGGUCGUCGGGUCAAGAAAGUCAGGGUCACAAAACGGGAUAGGAUUAAGACUUUAUAGUGACACUGGAUUAUUCAAACAUGGAAAAGAGCCAACGACCAAAAUCAAAGGCAUUAAAUCAUCCUCUGCACGUGAGCUUCAAAUUGGUAUGCAAUAUAAAGCAUAUUUAUCUUAUGUUGACAGUGCCAAUAAAUUCUGGAUUCAGCUAGCUGACCACGAAAAUGAGUUAAAUAAUCUCAUGACCAGCCUGGCAGAUUCAGCUGCUGGUGGAGCAGAAAAGCUUGAUUGUGUGUCGGCUGGGACACUAUGUAUGACUUUCUAUAGUGAGGAUCAGGCACCCUACAGAUCAUCUAUUCUAACUGUCAACGGAAACACAAGUCUUGUUCAGUUUGUUGAUUAUGGAAAUUCAGAAUCAAAAGAUGUUUCAGAACUUUUGAAGUUGCCCAAGCAAUUCCAUGGAUUACCUGCAAUGAGUGUAAAAUGUUGCUACAAAAGAACUAAAGUUGACAAUAACACAUUGGAAGAAAAAUUACAGGAGCUAACAGAGUCAGAUGGUGUUCUUGUACGAGUUUUGGGUCGAACAGAUGAUGUGUACAAUGUCGAAAUUGACAAAAUAGAAAAUAUUCCUUUAACCACACCACAAAAUAAUAGCCAUCAUUUCAUUCCUUUGGAGUUGGAUAGCACCCAAGUUUAUGAUGUUUGUCUAUCACACGUUGAACACCCUGGAAAAUUCUUUAUACAGUUGCUAGAGAAUGGACCAGAAUUGGAUCAGGUAAUGGUUCGACUAACUCGAGAGUUCAACUCUAGUACUACAGCCCCAUCACUUUCAGCUGGUACUGCCUGUAUAGGACAGUUAAGCGAUGACCAACAUUAUAGGUGUGUUAUUCAAUCUGUGUCUGGAGAUAACAUGACGGUACAUGCAGUUGACUUUGGAUUUGAUGAGAAUAUAAAAGCAAGUAGAUUACGUGCCAUGUCUCCUGUCUUCUUGGAUGUGCCAUGCUAUACCACUGAGUGUACUGUGGAUGUGACAAAAACAUUGGAUAAGUUCUGGUCAUCAACAGAGAUAAAGACAUUGAAAGACUUUGAAAGUAAAGUGUCGUUAGUUGCUAAAGUUACAACACGUAGAAAUAAUCUUUAUCAGUUGGACUUGUAUGACACGAGAGAUAGAGAUGAAGACCGCUACAUCAAUGCCGAGAUGUUUGGCGUUGGCAAAUCAGCUCAAAAGGCACAUACAAUCAAAAUGGAAACUAUGAGAUCAGAACCUUCAGCGCCUAUGCACAGUACUGUACCCAUUCCACCACCUGAAAUCACAACAGGUGGUCAAGAAUUGCUCUGUAUCACAGCUGUCAAGUCACCUAGUAUUGUGUACGGGCAACUCACCAAGACGAAUGCUAAGAAGAUUGAGUCACUUCAGAUCAGGUUGAAUGAAAAAUAUGAUAACAUGACUGCCGGAGAAAUGAUUCUUUCUGAUUCUUCAGUGGGAACAUCUUGUGCAACACGUUAUAGUGAUGGGGGAUGGUAUAGAGCUUUGGUUACACAGAAACAGGGUAAUAACAUAUCGAUAGCAUUUGCUGAUUUUGGGGAUGAGACUGUCACACAGCCUUUAGAACUGAAACAAAUGCUUCCCGAGUUUGGUAUCCUUCCACAGCAGUGUGUCCUCUGUCAGCUACCCAGAGUGUCGCCUUCUAAUAGCAAGGAGAUGACAGAAAAGCUUCUGCUCAACAAAGUGAUAGAAGUCAAAUUGUUAUCCAAAAAAGAUGGAGUAUAUCCCACAUAUGAUGUGGAAUUCACGAGCAGUAUUCGAAACCAGGGCCUUGCUGGGAAGCUUGAAGGAAGUUCAUUCGGUUUAAAACAACCGCCCAGGCUACCCAAAGCAGCAACAGUAAAUAAAGAUGCUAGAGUGAAGACUAUAUACAGAGGAGAUGGCUACAACAUUUUACAGGUUGAUUCAGGAUGUUCCGAGGAGGUAAUGGUCACUCAUGUAGUUGAUCCACAACAUUUCCAUGUCCAAGUCACCAGCAUGGCCAAACAGUUAGAUGCAGUGAUGGACAACCUGCAGGCACAUUAUGACAGUCUCACAGAUACAGAAGAGACACUGCUGAAUCCCUACCUAGGACAGCCAUGUAUCGCAAAAUACACAGAUGAUAACAGCUGGUACAGGGCAAAGGUCUCGGGUCUACUGAAUAAUGGACGGGCAGAGGUAACAUUUGUGGAUUACGGUAACACAGAGUGCCUACAGAGGGAGACACUGAAGAGAGCCAAUCCAGAGUUCAUGGAGCUUCCUACACAGGCGAUAUUUUGUGGCAUGUCUGGUGUGAAGGCUACUCAGGGAUUUUGGUCCCCCGAACAUAUUGCCCAGUUUGAGGAUAUUGCUUUGGACCAAAACUUCACUGCAAUAUUCCAGGACUAUGCUGGGGAGACAGAUGAUCUGUACACUGUUCGACUUCACAAUCAAGCAGGGGAGGAUGUUAACCACAAAUAUGGCACCAGUACCAAUUCAAUCUAUGCUGAGCACUCUGACCGCAAGGUGGCCAUGGGUAAGGGGAUAGACAUGAGAAUAGAGGUACAGCAAGACAAUGAAUGGAUUGAUCAUGCAGGUAGCGAGUCCCAGCCAAGCACAGGGAAUAGAUUUGGAGGUAGGUCCGGAGACAGAGGUGGAAAUAGAGGAUUUGGAGGAAGUGAUCGGUCUGGAGGAAAUGGAUUUGGUAAUCGAUAUAAAGACAACAACAAAAGUGGUGGAUACGGAGGACAGAACCGUGAUGAGGACAGAGGAGGAGGAUUUGGUGGGAGAUCAAACGAUCGAGGAGGUGGAUUUGGAGGACAGAACCGUGAUCAAGAAAGGAGUGGCGGUGGAUUUGGUGGGAGAUCAAACGAUCGAGGAGGUGGGUUUGGAGGACAGAACCGUGAUCAAGAAAGGAGUGGCGGUGGAUUUGUUGGGAGAUCAAACGAUCGAGGAGGUGGAUUUGGAGGACAAAAUCGUGAUCAAGAAAGGAGUGGUGGAUUUGGAGGACAGAACCGUGAUCAAGAAAGGAGUGGUGGUGGAUUUGGUGGAAGAUCAAAUGACCGAGGAGGUGGAUUUGGAGGACAGAACCGUGAUCAAGAAAGAGGUGGAGGUGGAUUCGGUGGAAGAUCAAACGAUCGAGGAGGUGGAUUUGGAGGACAGAACCGUGAUCAAGAAAGGGGUGGAUUUGGUGGAAGACCGAACGAUCGCAGAGGUGGUGGAGGAUUUAUGGGACAGAAUCGAGACCGUGGCGGUGGUGAUGGUAGUGGUUUUGGUGGAAGAUCGAAUGACCGAGGAGGUGGAUUUAGAGGACAGAACCGUGAUCAAGAAAGGGGUGGAUUUGGUGGAAGACCAAACGAUCGCAGAGAUGGUUUCUCCAGUGGGGGAUUCAGUCAACCACAGCAUGCAGCUCCUGCUGAUGGUGACUGGGAUACUGACAUAACAACUGUUGUCCCAGACAAACCAGCUACAACUUCUGCUAUCCCCAAGAGUAGAUUUAGAGGAACUAGUCAAUCAACACCUCCAUUAGCAUCCUCAGAUCAGAAAUCUGACGCAUGGGCGCGUCGCGUAGGAAGUGUCACUUUUACCUCCCAGAAACUUGUUGCUGAUACAACAUGCCAAGUGUUUGUAGUUUAUUCUAACAGUCCUGGAGAAUUUUGGUGCCAACUUGUAGACAAAGCCACAGAUUUACAAACCAUGAUGGACCAAAUGAACGAACAUUACAAUUCCUUAUCCCCAACCAAGGCAACCAUUGAUCAGCCUGAAAUAGGAAUGCCGUGUGUUGCUAAAUUUUCUGAGGACAAACUAUGGUACAGGGCAGAAAUCUUGAGCUUUGAAGACAAGAAUAUUGAAGUCCAGUUCAUAGACUAUGGUAAUUCAGAGUUGGUAGACUUAAGAAGUGUGAAACACAUCCAAAAGGAGUUCACAUCAUUACCACUUCAAGCCAUUCGCUGUUGUUUAAGUGGUGUGAAAUGCUCUGGGUCAGCAUGGUCAGAAAAAGCUAUGGAAGACUUUGAAACAUUAACUACAGAUAAGGAAUUAAUCUGUGCUGUCAAAAGUCAAGUUGGAGGAUCGUACCUAGUCCAUUUGGGUGAUGCAUCAGGUGAAUUGGAUGUUGCGCUGAAACUUCACGAAGCUGGAUACUGUGCAUUGACUCAAGACGGUUCAGGGAAACCACAGAAGGUGGUAGUAAAAGUACCAUACCCAGCUAUUCCCAUCAGUAUCGGCUCCAAGAAGGAGGUUUAUGUUUCCUGGAUAGAAGAUCCAUCUAUGUUCUGGAUACAACCAGUUGAAAACCAGGCCACUUUGGAGGAAUUGGCAGAGCAAGUGCAGGAGGAAUACACAACAGGGCCCUCUGCAGACAAGAAAGUCUCCAAGAUAUCUGAAGGCAUGGCUGUUGUGGCUAAGUUCUCUGAGGAUGAAGCAUGGUACCGAGCUGUGGUGGAAUCUGAAGGAAAGAUGGCCAGUGUGAGAUUCAUUGACUAUGGUAAUUCAGACUCGGUUAGUAUAGACUCCCUGAGAUUGCCGUCUGCAACCUUGAUGGAAGUUCCUGCCCAGGCUUUAUACUGCAGUCUCGCUGAUGUCAAGCCUCUUCAGCCUGGGAAUUGGAAUGUGGACGCUAAAGACAUCAUGGAAAGUAUGUUGAAGGAAGCAGUCAGUUGUACAUUUAAAGACACAAUACCAAAUGGGUUCAGUGUGGAUAUCGUUUCUGAUGGAAUAAGUGUUGCUGAGGAACUAGUCCGAGCAGCUGUUGUUAAAAAGGAGUCAACAAGGAAACCAGAAUCCCCUCCAAAGGACAUACCGGUAUCUCCCGUGAGAUCAGAAGCUACAGCCAGUCAGGGUAGUGUCAAACAGAGACUGAAUUUUGCUAAAAUUGUAACACUGGACAAUGGAUCUGUUGAGCCAGCUUAUAUAUCUCAGGUAAAUUCUUUAUCAAACUUUUAUAUUCAGCUUGCUAAACUUGCUUCUGAACUGGAAGCCUUGAUGGAAAGACUGGAAAAGGCAUGUGGGCAAAAGUCUCGUCCAUCGAUGAUUGUGCCAGGUAUGGCAUGUGCUGCAAAAUUCAGUGGGGAUGAAAUGUGGUACAGAGCUACUGUAACACAUGUCAACACUGACAAUGCUGAUGUAAUGUUUAUAGAUUAUGGAAAUUCUGAAGUAGUAGCCUUUGACAGAAUCCGUGAAAUCUCACAGGAUUGCCUGUCACUGCCGCCACAGGCUAUACUUUGCUGUUUAAAGAACUGCAGUGAGGUAGCAGACAACAGCGCCAUUUCGAAGUUCACCGACUUGACUAUGGAUAAGGAGGUGCAAGUUCAAGUUAUCAGUUCUGGAAGUCCAAUAGUUGUAGACAUCUCUGUUGACAACACAAAAUCACUGUCACAGUUGUUAUCCUCCAACUCCAGUGCAGCCAUGGGUAUACCAACACAAAGCAUUCCUACAGAUCCUAACACCAAGGUGUUUGCAAGCUAUGUACAUUCUCCGUCCAUGCUGUAUGUACAGUUGGCCAGUCAGGAAACCAAUUUAAAUGACUUGAGUGCAAAGUUACAAACUGCAUAUUCAGCUAGUGUCUGUGAUAUUUCUGAACAAGAAUUGAAGAGUGGGUGCAUCUGUUGUACAAAGUAUAUCGAGGAUAGUUUGUGGUACAGAGCUGAGGUGCAGGAUGUAUGUGCUGACAAGUGUCAUGUCUUGUUUAUAGACUACGGUAAUGCAGAGGAGGUGGAUAGCAGCUCUCUGAAAGUUCUGACUCCUGAAUUUACAUCACAACCAGUUAUGGCAUUCAGGUGUGCACUUGAUGGCCUUGUAUCAGUAGAAGAUAAGUGGUCAGAGGAGGCCAUUGCCCACCUUGAGAGCUUAGUUAUGGAUCAGGAACUGAGAUGUAAAUUUGUGUCCAACACUACAGUCUGCCUAAGAAAUGAAGAUGGAGAUGUGGCUGAAGAUUUGGUAGUGCAGGGACAUGCAAAACUAGUCAAGGCAAAGGAGAUGAAGUUCUUACUGCAGACGAAACCACAAAGCAAGGUAUCGACUUUCGUCUCCCAUGUGGAGGAUGUGUUCUACCUGCAGUUAGGUACUGAUGAAGAUAAAUUAGCAGAACUCUCUGAAAAUCUCCAGACAAUAUGUGAGCACCUCAGUAGCCCACAGCCUGAACAGGUCAAAGAAGGGUUACACUGUUGUGCCAAAUUCUCGGAAGAUCAAGCUUGGUACCGAGCAACUGUUUCCAAGGUAUCUGGGGAGGAAGUUGGUGUACGUUUCCUAGACUUUGGUAACUGUGAUAUGGUAACAUGUGAUCAACUGAAGCUUUUAAAUGCAGAACUCUUAACACCAGCAUUGCUUGCUUACCCAGCAGUGAUGAAGGGGAUUGGCAGGAUGACUGACAAACAGCAGACCCUCUUCUCCCGUCUAACUGAGGAUCAGGAGCUGACCACCAACUUCCAAGAGAUGACCGAUGAUGGCCUCUUCCAAGUGACCUUGAUUACAAACGAGGGCAAAGACAUUGGUCAAGACUUCUUGAAAGCUGAAGCUGCAGAUGGAACAGAAACGACCAAUGAAUGUGGUGAUGCUUCAUCAACAGAAACAACUGAUGACCUUGGAAAGCUAACACAUCUUGCCCUAGAGGAAGGGGAUCGCGUUCAGGUGACCUCUAGUCAUAUCAACUCUCCGAGCUCUUUCUAUGUCCAUCUAGACAGGAACAAGGAUGCUCUAUCUAGUCUGAUAGAUGAAAUGUUCAAGUUCUAUUCAGAAUACAAAGGAAUUGACCUGAACAUCGAGUUUCCUAAAGUUGGACAGUUGUGUGCUGUGAAGUACACGGAGGAUGAAUCCUGGUAUAGGGCACAGGUAUUGGAAGUGCUAGGAUCAGACAAGUUUAAAGUGGAAUUCCUAGAUCAUGGCAACGUUGAGGAAUGUUCUGGGGAUGCGAUCCGAAAGCUUCUGACCCGUUUCAUUAAUCUACCUGUGCAGACCAUGCACUGCACUUUAGGUGGAGUGCGAUCCGCUGAUGGCCCAUGGAGUGAUGAGGCUUUGGAACUCUUCUCUGAACUUUUACAUGAAAAGAGCCUGUUAGCAGAUAUCUUGUGUGUAAGCACGGAUGAUGCUUGCAUUGUUCAGUUAUUUGACAUGGGGAUACUACUCAGCCAAAAGUUCAUUGAUGAGGGUUUUGGAGUGGAAGCAUCCACACCCACCUAUGUCAGUAAGAAAACGAAACGAGUGUUUUCUGACUCCAGUCCAAUGAAGGUCCUAGAUUUAGAUGCUGAUGCCCAGCCAGACUUGAAUGAGGAAAAGUAUCCUUCUCUGGAGCUCGCACCAUCUACAGAAUAUAUCUGUUGUGUAAGCCAUGCCGCCUCUCCUGGAAAGUUAUGGCUACAGUUGUCUGAAAAACAGGAAGAUUUACAAACAUUCAUGGACGGAAUUCAAGAAAAAUACAGCCAGGAAAAAGCGCUGACUUUAGAGGAGGUAAAACGUGGUCUCCCUUGUGUAGGCUUGUAUGGAGAGGAUGGGCUGUGGUACCGGGCCGUAGUUAUAGACAAACAGGACACAAUUGUAGAAGUCCUCUUUGUAGACUAUGGCAAUUCAGAAACUGUGACACCUGCUGAGCUGAGGGGAAUCAAGUCUGAGGACAUUUUAUUCCCAAGACAGGCAUUUUGCUGCUGUAUGAAAGGCAUUGUGCCCGAGUCGGAGUCUGAAGGAUGGGAGAAAAUCACCUGUAGCAGACUAGAGGAAUUAACAUUUGAAAAAGACUUGAAAGUGAAAAUUUGUGAAAUUUUGCCAAACUGUUGUUACAGGGUGGAAAUGAGUGAUGGGGAGGUUUGUUUAGCAGACACUCUUGUACAAGGUGGGUAUGCCAAGUUCUCGUCAGAUCGGAAACAGGAAACUCCAUGUGAAGAAGCUGUUAAGAAGGAACAGAAAGCAGGGACAGGAGAACCUUCAGAUGAUUCAAAAGAUGAUGAGGACUUCCACAGUAUUAAAUCUGAUACUGUAGAAAAACUAGAUCUAGGACCCUUUAAACCACUGACAGUGAACACAGACGAAAACUAUACUGCUGUUAUACUUAACAUUAUAUCACCAGGGUGUUUUUAUGUAGUCCUUGAAGAACAGGGCAAGGCGGACAGAGCUGACCUUGUCACUAACAUAAAGGAAUAUGUGUUGGAGCAUGCUGACGAGGUCCUUUUGUCAGACGAGAUCUUAAAAGGCACAGCAUGCUUGGCACAGUUGGAAGAGGAUAAAUGGUAUGGGCGUGCUGUAAUUACAGGAACCACUGACCAAAAUGUUCAGGUUUACAUGGUGGACUAUGGAGUCAGCCAGUGUGUAGACAGUGCCUUCCUCAAGCCUCUCCCUAGUGAUAUGCUACACCUGCCUGCUCAGGCCAUCAUGUGUAGUUUGGCCGAUAUUCAGCCCAUAGAGACUACGGAAUGGUCUGAGGACAGUACCAAGGGCUUUCAAGCACUGUCAUCGGAGUAUAGUCUUGUGUCCCUUUAUGUUGACCCCCUGACAAAGCGAGACAGCCCACCGUACAGUGUCACUGUUAGCGUCAUCGGAGCCAAGCAAGGAGAGAUGUUUAAUAUGCAGCUUGUGGAACUUGGCUUUGCUGAUUUUGUACCUGGGUCCACAUUGGAGUCUGAAGCACUUAUGGAUGAAACUGAAACCUCCUUUAACGAGCUUUCUUUGUUGAGAGAAAAUUCCUUUGGGAGUGAUGAUGAAACUACAGACAUUGAUACCUCAAAGAUGACGAUGGAAGAAUCGGUGCUGGAAACAACAGGUGCCUCUGACAGCUUCUCCUUCAUAUCUGGCAAACAACUUGAUAAAAUCCGAGCAGGAAAAGAUGAAACAGAUGAUGAAUUCUAUGAUGCAGAGGAGAAAGGUGAUGAGAAUGCACUAGGAUCAACUGGUGAGUCUAAGGAUUUGAAAGAGGCAGAUGACACCGCCAGCAAGGAAGAUAGUGAAAGUGAAAAAGAAGGUGAAGAGCCUUUAGAUAAAAAAGGUGGUAUAAAGAAAGAGGGUACUGUUGACUUAGGUGAUGAUGAAAACGGAAAAGCUGUAGAUGAAAAGGAUGAAGAUGGAGUGGAUAAAACCAAUGAAGAAGUUGGUGAAAGUGACAAAAAAGAGGAAGAGGGUGAAAAAGUUUUAGAUGAAGACAUGAAGGAAGAAAACACAAACAUGGAUGAUAAUCAAAAGGAGACUGUGGGGGAACCUGCUGGUGAAUUGGUUACUCAGGAACUUCAAAACCUCUCUCUUACAGAAAACACUGAUGGACAGGGUAGUAAAGAUCACUCUGAUGAUGGCGAUGAAGGUGAUGAAGAGGAAACAUCUGAGUUAGAGAGUACAACAGGGACAGUGACUGCUGGAGAACUGCCAGAAGACGAGCCUCAGGAAGAAACAGCUGUAGACGCCAAAACAAAGGAAUCAGUGGAGGAGGACUCAGUUGAGAAACUUUCAUCUGACCCAGCAAAUAAAUCGCAACAGGAUGAUGUUUCUGAACCAGUGGAAGAGAACAGUGCAGAUGAAAAAGCAAACACAGGUACAAGUAAACUUUUAGAUUCUGGAGAGGAGAAGAUCGAACAGCUUGAUACCAGUGAUGUGACUCGGGAGCAAGACACAUGUGGGGAUUCUGAGGGGAAUUCUAGCUUAUCGGAACAUGGCAAGGAGAUAAAAGAAACUGAGAAGUCCUGAAGAAUGAGAAAAAGAGGGCAGAAAGUAAAAUCUUAAAAUCAUGGGAAUAGAUCUAAGGGUUGUUUUAUGAAAAAUUUGGUUGUGUGAGUAUUUUUUUUCUUGUCGUUUUUCUGUUUUUUCGAGUUCUUUUUUUAAAAUGACAUGCUUUUUGCAUCUAAAGGGAUAUUCUCAUAGUAAAUCACAGGAUUGUUUCCCUGCAUAUGUCUGUGUGGGAGCAAAUGGUUUUAUCCUGUGAAUUAAAACUUUAGUGUUUCCAAAAUAACUGCUGCGGUCAAUUUGUUGCAAAUUCAGUAAAAUCAUUUCAUUUGUUUUUAGUAUCUGGAAGGUCACAAGAAAGAAUUUAUCAAAUUCAGCAUCACUGAUUAAAAUUUUAACACACCAUGUUUGCUUCAGUUUGAAAAUACCUUUAUGAAAUAUUACGUCUUCUGUGGAUAAUGCUAGUUUUAAUUGCUUGUAAGAUUUUAAUUAUCAAAGUAGCCCCUUUGUGGAAGUAGGAUUUUAAGAUAGAAAAAGAUUGCUUUCUGGAAAAAUCUGUUCAUAUCCUCUGGAUUGUAGUAAGUACAUUGUAAGUACAUUUGAUAAGUAGAAGUACGAUGUCAUUUGUCAGUAACUGUAGUAAGUACAUCUUAAGUACAUUUGAUAAGUUGGAGUACGAUGUCAUUUGUCAGUAUUACAUAUGGUAAAACUUACAUUAUAUAUAAGAGCAGAUCAUGAUUGAUAUCCAAGUUGACAAAUAAAUUUAACCUGACUUCCAUCUUAAUUCUUGAUCUAUAAUCUAAAAUCACUUGGGCUUUCAAUGUAAUGACAUUUAUUUUGAAUCAUGAAUGUUACAGGUAGACUAGACCUAAACAUAUCUAUAUAUUGCAACUAUGUUCUUUUAUCAUUACACAUAUUGAACAUUAGUAUAGGUGUUGAAAGACAAUAUAAGAAUAUUCAUUUUAUCAAAACAUUAUAUCACUGGGGGAAAAAAAUUAUUUUGUUAAGAUUUUUGCAUAAUUUUCAUUUCAUAUUUUUUCCCUAUUUAACUGCUGGAAAUAUCCAAUAUUAAUUAAGUCUACUUAGUCUAUUUUUAGUCACAACAGCUCUUGACAUACAUGUGAAUAGAAUAGCUAUUUCAGUCACCUGGUAAGGUAUUUUCACAUAGACACGGAAAACUGUAAUUCUUUGUGCAAAUUAUAUCAUAUCAUCAUGUAACAUUGUCUUAACAACAUAAGCCUUCAGUUUAGAUACUGGUUAUAAAAACUUGUAUUCUGUGCACAUGCAGAAAAUUUUGUAAGACUUGUGUAUUUGUCUUGCUUUUGUUGACACAAAUGAAGAAAUACAUCUCUGAAAGGGGUAUACGUAUUUUUGCAUACCAAUUUUAAACUUUACUUUCACUUUAGUUUACACUGAAAAGCCUUUCCUUGCAAUUUUUCAUUGUGCUGCACAAAGCAAAAUAAAUAUACUAAGAAAAAUUAGUAGGACUGUUGUCACUGUAGUCAGAAGUUUGUGUUUUGCCAUAAUGUUCUAAUCAAACCAUUUGUGAAAGUUAUGCUUUCUUCAUUAAGAUAAAAUGCAGUUUGUUUUUGUUUAUAAUUUUGUAUCAUCCAUUUUUAUCAUUCAUCAACAACAGAUAUAAGGAAUUUGAUAUACCAGUCAUAGCCAAGCUUCAAUCAUUACAAAAAUAUCAAUGUAUUUAUAAUUUAUAAGACUGUUAAAUGAUGUUAAAAACUUUAUAUAACCUAGAUUUCCUUCACAAUAAGUAUGUAUAGUGAUAGCCUAUAAGUAGCUGUGUUGAUAUGAAGUUUCCUCAGUUUUAGAAAGCCAGAAGACAUGUACUUCUUUAUUUCUAGGUACUAACUAAUAUUGAAUUUUUAUUAUUUUUAAUACGAUUUAUUAAGAUAGUAAUUGAUGUAACCCUUAAGAAUAUAUACUUGUAUUACAACAUUGUACUAGGUUUAAAAGAUUGAAUAACAAAAACAUGUGUUUAAGCAAUAGAUAUCAUAAUCUACGAUUAUAAAUCUGCCCUUUUGACAGAAAGGAAAGCAAAAAAUCUUAAUUUAAGGAUGUCCCAUUAGAAUCCAAUGCAAACCAGAACUUUUUCACAAAGUCUUACUGAAAAGUGGAGAUUUUCACUCAUGGGAUUUGUGACUGGUGAUCUUAAUGCUGAAUGUUUUUUGAAAACCCUGUUUCCAGUAAUCCCCACCGAACUGUCAAACCAGCAUCAUGGAAACAUGUUCUCUAUAUAGAAGAUUUACCAUGUUUUGUUAAUGUUUAUAUGCAAUGUUGACAUGUGUCACUAGUAUGUGCUGUGUUGGCACCUGUCAUAAAUGUUACAUGUUCAGUACUGUUGGUGACAACACCCAUAAUGCAACUUUUACAACAAUAUUAGUGCUAUGCCUACCAUUAAGGUGUUUUUUGUUUGGUGCCCUGAGAAAGGAAGUUUGUAUAAAGCAAUGUUUGAAUCAAUUAAAAUGUUCUUGUUUAAGUAUAA